GCAGGAGGCGCACUGCGCAGCCGCUCCCGACCCUAAGCGCUGUGGAGGACUCAGGAAGAAGGGGCGGGGCCGGGGCGGAGCGAGCGGCACGAUGGCGGAAGUGGAGUUCUCAAAUGCUACCCAUGAAGUCCUCAAUGUCACCCUCCGCACCACGCUGUCCGUUACUACUAAACUGGUGGUUCCUACACCUGCCAAACCUAUCCUUCCAGUGCAGACUGGAGUCCAAGCUCAGCAAGAGGAGCAAUCUAGUGGCAUGACUAUAUUCUUUAGUCUCCUUGUAUUAGCUAUCUGCAUCAUAUUGGUGCAUUUACUGAUAAAAUACAGACUACAUUUCUUGCCAGAGAGUGUGGCUGUUGUUUCUUUAGGUAUCCUCAUGGGAGCAUUUAUAAAAAUUAUAGAGUCUCAAAAACUGGCCAACUGGAAGGAGGAAGAAAUGUUUCGUCCAAAUAUGUUUUUUCUUCUCUUGCUUCCACCUAUUAUAUUUGAAUCUGGAUAUUCAUUACACAAGGGUAACUUCUUUCAGAACAUAGGUUCCAUCACUCUGUUUUCUGUGUUUGGCACAGCAAUUUCAGCUUUCAUUGUAGGUGGAGGAAUUUAUUUUCUGGGUCAGGCUGAGGUAAUUUAUAAACUGAACAUGACAGACAGUUUUGCAUUUGGCUCCUUAAUAUCUGCUGUGGACCCAGUGGCUACUAUUGCCAUCUUCAAUGCCCUUAACGUAGAUCCUGUGCUUAACAUGUUGGUUUUUGGAGAAAGUAUUCUCAAUGAUGCAGUCUCUAUUGUCCUGACAAACACAGCAGAAGGUUUGACAAGAGAAAAUAUGUCAGAUGUAAGUGGAUGGCAAACCUUUCUCCAGGCACUGGGUUACUUUCUUAAGAUGUUCUUUGGCUCUGCAGCACUUGGCACUCUUACCGGCCUUAUUUCUGCAUUAGUACUAAAGCACAUUGAUUUAAGGAAAACACCCUCCCUGGAGUUUGGGAUGAUGAUUAUCUUUGCUUAUCUUCCUUAUGGACUUGCAGAAGGAAUCUCACUCUCAGGUAUCAUGGCAAUCCUGUUCUCUGGCAUUGUGAUGUCUCACUACACACACCAUAACCUUUCCCCAGUUACACAGAUCCUAAUGCAACAGACACUGAGAGCCGUUGGUUUCAUGUGUGAAACCUGUGUUUUUGCAUUUCUUGGUCUGUCCAUUUUUAGUUUUCCUCACAAGUUUGAAAUGUCCUUUGUCAUCUGGUGCAUAGUGCUUGUCCUGUUUGGCAGAGCAGUGAAUAUUUUUCCUCUCUCUUACCUGCUCAACUUCUUUCGUGAUCAUAAAAUCACCCCCAAAAUGAUGUUCAUCAUGUGGUUUAGUGGUUUACGUGGGGCAAUUCCAUAUGCCCUGAGCCUCCAUUUGGGCUUGGAGCCAAUAGAAAAGCGGCAGCUCAUUGGAACCACAACUAUCAUUAUUGUGUUAUUCACAAUUUUAUUGUUGGGUGGAGGAACCAUGCCCCUUAUCAGACUGAUUGAUAUUGAGGAUUCUAAAGCGCGAAGAAGAAACAAGAAGGAUAUUAACCUCAGCAAGACUGAAAAGAUGGGUAAUACCAUUGAAUCUGAACAUUUAUCAGAACUCACAGAGGAAGAGUAUGAAGCCCACUACAUAAAGCGCCAGGAUCUCAAAGGCUUUAUGUGGCUUGAUGCCAGGUAUUUGAAUCCGUUCUUCACAAGGCGGCUCACACAGGAGGACCUACAUCAUGGACGCAUACAGAUGAAAAGUCUCACCAACAAAUGGUAUGAAGAGGUGCGACAAGGACCCUCAGGGUCUGAAGAUGAUGAACAGGAGCUGCUAUAGCAGGCUAGAGGAGGAGGAUUGUAACGAGUUUAUCAUAGAGCACCAAAAACUAGAUUUAAGUAACAAAAGAUUCUGACUGUACAAAAGCCCAGGGUAUUAAGAUUGAAGACUUCCCACUGCAGGUCCCACCAUGUGCUGUUGUACUUAGAUUUCACAGAACCAUAUACACAGUACUUCAUAAGACCGGUCGCUGCAGGAC